CAAGAUCCUUUGCGCGCACGGCUUUAAAAUAUGUAUCAGCACCGCAGUAAUAACACAGAACGACUUCAAAUUGUUUUAGUGAGAUUAUAUAGUACCUGAAAGUCGGAGGGGUGUGGCCACAGGUGUGGUGACCGCCAGUGUCUCCGGUGGGAGGAGGUAAUCGUCCACAGCUGCUGCAGGAGGACGCAAGCUCCGCUCAUAACUACGGGACCGUCAGUAGCAGCUGAUCGACUGAUCUUAGGGAUCGAGUGUGUACUGCCUCCUCACAAGCAUGGAUGCCAGGUGGCCGGGAUGUGUGAAGGACUGCGGGAUCUUCAGGGAAUCCACGCUGCGCCAACGCUUCCAACAAGGCAUGAUUAGCGGCCUGCUGCUGGGGUAUCGGGGUUACGCCUGCCAGCCCUUUUUAAUGACGCCGCAUCCCGACCCCGUGCUGGAGCCACAGAAGCGAUUCAAUGUGGCUUUAGCCAAAACCCGGUUCAGGAUAGAAAUGACGUUCGCCUCGCUGAAGGCCAGAUUUUCAUGCUUGCACGCUUUAAGGGUGAGCAAAAUAAUCGCUGCCUGCGCUGUGCUGCACAACAUCGUAACUAUUUGGAGAGAAAAAGCCCCCGAUAUCACCUUGAAGCCGCACGCUGUUGUGGACUCCAUGGCGGUGGAUCACCCCGCCGGUUGUGCUGCCAGGGACGCCAUAACGCAAACCUUUUUUUCUUAGUUUUCAUGUCUUUUACUCCAUUGCAGUGGUCCCCAACCACCGGGCCGCAGAAUAAUUUUGUAUUCAUUUUUAUUAAAAAAAAUAUAUAUAUUUUUUUAAAUUAAAUCUGUUAAGAUCCGUACGGGGAUUUUCUCAUAUUAUUGUUGUUUCUGUUCCAUUUUCACAUGACUCUGCUGUUUAACAUGCUUAUUUCCUGUUUUUGUUCAUUACCAUGGUUACUCAUCAGUUCACCUGCUGCUCACGGCCCAGCACACCUGCUACAGAUAAUCACCCUCACUUUAUAAGCCGUCCUCUUUUGUUUGUUCAGCCUGGGUUCAUGAUUUGCUUUUCACGCAACGAGUUACGCCUGCAAUACUUUCAUGUAUGUAUAUUCUCGCUAAGCUUUUCACGCUAGCCAUUGUUCAUUCCAGUUCUCAUGCUGAAGGUUUUAUAUUCUCUUUUGUGCCUACGGGUCAGUUUAGUUUGCAUUUUGUAUCACCUAGUUCUCAUACUAGCGUCUUUGGUUUUCCUUUUGUUAGCUCCAGUGUUUUGUUUCUUAGAUCCUUGUUGUAGAAUAAAUCUGUUAAAACUUACCUUUGCUGUGUUCAAUUUUGACGCAUCCUCGAGGGAAUCGAACCCGGUACCACGAUGCCACUCCGGCGUAACAAAAAACACAAUAUACACUUACAAUUAGUGCACCAACCACAAAAACGUCCCUUUUUCAUGACAAAAACGUCCCUUUUUCAUGACAGAAGAAAAAAAGAGAAAAAAAAGGAUUCCCACCCCCGGGACGCAGGACAAAUUAUUAAGCGUCGACCGGUCCGCGGAUACAAAAAGGUUGGGGACCACUGCUCUAUUGGACAUUUGGUAAAUGGGUUGUACUUGUAUAGCGCUUUUCUACCCCUUUUUAAGGAGCCCAAAGCGCUUUGACAGUAUUUCCACAUUCACCCAUUCACACACUGACGGUGGGAGCUGCCAUGCAAGGUGUUCACCAGGACCCAUCAGGAGCAAGGGUGAAGUGUCUUGCCCAAGGACACAACGGACGUGACUAGGAUGGUAGAAGGUGGGGAUUGAACCAGUAACCCUCACAUUGCUGACACAGCCACUCUACCAACUUCGCCACGCCGUCCCCAUUUGUUAAAAAAAAUAUAUUUUCUAUUGCCUUAUUCUCAUGUUUAAUUUUUCCUCUUUAUAUGAAUUAUUUUUGUAAAUAUUCGCCAGUUUUUUUUAAUUUUAGUCAAUUUUUUCAGACAAACUCUUCACAUUGUCAACGCCAACCUGA